AUGGGAGAUUUGUUGGUUGGUCAGCCUCCAUACAGUAGUGGUGGUGAAAGGGGUGGUGAGCCAUUCAAGGGACACCAAGGAAAUUUUGGCUACAACCACCUGAGACCCGGUGGAGCUGGCCCAUCUUUCAUUGGAAGACCACAUGGUUGUGGUAGUGGUGGCCCUAAGCAUUUCUCACAACAUGGUUUCCCUUCAACAUCUUCGCAUCCAGAAUCUUCAGUUGCUCCAGCAACACUUCCACCUGAGAAAUCAGAAUCAGCGUCAGCACUUAAAACAGAAGUUCCAAACAAAACUAAAGUUCGGAACAACCAAAGUUCCCAGGUUGCUUGGUGUGAAAUUUGUAAGGCCGCGUGCAAUAGUUUGGAAAUUCUUGAGAAUCACAAGAAUGGAAAGCGACAUAAGAAGAACAUGAAGAAGAUGGAAAAGAUGGAAAAGAUGAAAAAUGCUAUCAGAUCAGGGAAUGAAUUACAGGGCCAACAGAAUCGCACAUCUAAUUCAAAUCUGGAAGUGUCUCAUUUGACUCAGUGUGCACAGGAUGGUGAACAGAACAAACCAACAGAAAAUUUACCCACUGAAGCUGUUAUCCAUGUAAAUUCUGCGGAAACUGAACAGCAAAAUAAUAUCCCGGGGCAGCAGCAUGGUCCAAAGCGCAAGAAGAAGCACAAGAUUACUUCUGAAACUGAAACUAAGAAGAUUGUUAUUCCGCUAAUCUGUGAUAUAUGCAAUGUCAAGUGUGAUAGGCAUGGGAAUUUUUACCACCAUCUUUCUGGAAAGAAGCGUGUUGCUAACUUCAAACGAUUUAAAAGUAGCCAAGCUAUAUGUGGGCCAGUCGGGCUUCAAGCUCUUUACCCCCCAAACCCAAUUGCUCAGACUAUUUUCCAUCCCCAAGAAGGGAAAUACAUGCCUCCCCAUGUGUACCAAGAAGUACCGGUGGAAACAAGUUCAACUCCCUAA